CAAAGCGGUGGCAGCAGCGGCGCUUGGGGGAAAGGAAGCCUGUUGGUGGGAGCAGCGCACCCCUGCUGCGCGGAGGAGGGGGCUGAGCUGAAUUCAGCAGAAGUUACACGCACAAGGCAAGAAUUCUGACGUUCUCAAGAGACCAGCUCUGCCCCCGUGGCUCAACUGACCCUACCAUGUGGACGCUGCCCCUCCAGGUGGGAACUGGAGUGUUGAAAUAAAAUGGAUGAUUUGACAUUACUUGAUCUUCUGGAGUGCCCUGUGUGCUUUGAGAAGCUCGAUGUCACAGCCAAAGUCCUCCCUUGCCAGCACACCUUCUGCAAACCAUGUCUACAGCGGGUUUUCAAGGCCCACAAAGAGCUGCGGUGCCCCGAAUGUAGGACGCCCGUGUUUUCCAACAUCGAGGCGCUGCCGGCCAACCUGCUGCUCGUGCGCCUUCUGGAUGGAGUGCGCUCAGGGCAGAGCUCCGGGAGAGGGGGCUCCUUCCGCAGGCCUGGCACGAUGACCUUGCAGGAUGGCAGGAAAAGCAGGACCAACCCCAGACGUCUGCAGGCCAGUCCUUUCCGGCUAGUGCCUAAUAUCAGAAUCCACAUGGAUGGGGUGCCUCGAGCAAAGGCCUUAUGCAACUACAGAGGGCAGAAUCCUGGUGACCUAAGGUUUAAUAAGGGAGAUGUCAUCCUUCUCCGGAGACAGCUUGAUGAGAAUUGGUACCAGGGGGAAAUCAAUGGCAACAGCGGGAACUUCCCAGCCAGCUCCGUGGAAGUCAUCAAGCAGCUGCCCCAGCCACCCCCGCUCUGCAGGGCCCUCUAUAACUUCGACCUACGAGGCAAGGGCAAGAGUGAGAACCAGGAUUGCCUGACCUUCCUCAAGGACGAUAUCAUCACUGUGAUCAGCCGAGUGGAUGAGAACUGGGCAGAAGGCAAGUUAGGAGAUAAAGUAGGCAUCUUCCCUAUCUUGUUUGUAGAGCCAAACCUCACUGCAAGACACCUUCUAGAGAAGAACAAAGGUCGCCAGUCAUCCCGCACAAAAAACCUGUCCCUGGUGCCCUCAUCCUCCAGAAGCAACACGUCUACCCUCCGUAGGGGCCCAGGGUCCAGGAGGAAGGGGCCUGGGCAGUUUUCCAUCACAACAGCCUUGAACACUCUCAACCGGAUGGUCCAUUCUCCUUCGGGGCGCCAUAUGGUAGAGAUCAGCACCCCAGUGCUCAUCAGCUCCAGCAACCCCUCUGUGAUCACCCAGCCCAUGGAGAAAGCAGAUGUUCCUUCCAGCUCGGCGGGACAGGUCAGCACUUAUCACCCCGCACCUGUCUCUCCAGGACAUUCCACAGCCGUGGUCAGUCUGCCUGGCUCCCAGCAACACCUCUCAGCGAACAUGUUUGUAGCCCUGCACUCCUACUCAGCCCGUGGACCCGAUGAGCUGGACCUGCAAAAGGGAGAAGGCAUCAGGGUCCUGGGGAAGUGCCAGGACGGCUGGCUCAGGGGCGUCUCCUUGGUCACCGGGCGAGUUGGCAUCUUCCCAAACAAUUACGUCAUCCCCAUUUUCAGAAAGACCUCUAGUUUUCCAGACUCCCGGAGCCCUGGUCUCUAUGCCACAUGGACGUUAUCCACCUCCUCUGUGUCCUCCCAAGGCAGCAUUUCAGAAGGUGAUCCACGGCAAAGCCGUCCCUUCAAAUCCGUCUUUGUGCCCACUGCCAUAGUCAACCCUGUGAGAAGCACAGCCGGCCCUGGGACUUUAGGACAAGGGUCUCUUCGGAAGGGGCGGAGCAGCAUGAGAAAGAAUGGAUCCCUGCAGAGACCCCUCCAGUCCGGGAUCCCCACUCUCGUGGUAGGCUCCCUCAGACGCAGCCCCACCAUGGUCGUUCGGCCUCAGCAGUUCCAAUUCUACCAGCCACAGGGGGUCCCCUCCUCCCCCUCGGCCAUGGUGGUGGAGAUGGGGUCCAAGCCUGCCCUCACGGGGGAGCCCGCCCUCACGUGCAUCAGCAGGGGCAGUGAGGCCCGGAUCCACUCCGCAGCCAGCUCCCUCAUCAUGGAAGACAAAGAAAUCCCCAUCAAGAGUGAGCCUCUGCCAAAACCGCCCGUGUCUGCCCCACCAUCCAUCCUGGUGAAACCAGAAAACUCAAGAAAUGGCAUCGAAAAGCAAGUCAAAACCGUGAGAUUUCAGAAUUACAGCCCUCCUCCCACCAAACAUUGCACCUCCCAUCCCACCUCCGGAAAGCCUGAACAGCCAGCCACCCUCAAGGCAUCCCAGCCUGAAGCAGCAUCCUUGGGCCCAGAGAUGACCAUCCUAUUUGCCCACCGAAGCGGCUGCCACUCCGGACAGCAGACAGAUCUCCGGAGAAAGUCAGCUCUUGGCAAGGCCACAACCCUGGUGUCCACUGCCUCAGCCACGCAGACCGUGUUUCCCAGCAAAUGAACCUACGGGUGGCUUUUCCUAGACCCCAAAGAGAGCCUGCCUUGGUCAUCUUCCCAGGAGGAGCUCAUGACAACUGGGAUGCAGAAGAGAGCAAACGAUCUGCCAGGAUGGAAACUGC